AUGAUGCAUACAAAUAUGGAUGAUAAAGUUGCUGUAGAAUCUCCUCUUGUGAAUUUACUGUUCAAAUGUCCUCUAUGUCACGGUCUUAUUCGUUCACCAACAGUUAUCAAUGAAUGUCUACAUCGCUUCUGUAAACUAUGUAUAACGAACUAUUUCGAAAAUACUACUAAUAAUAAAUGUCCAACCUGUCAAAUAACCGUUGUCAAUCCAUUGGAAACACUUAAAUCUGAUCUCAUCUUUCAACGACUCUUGUACAAAAUCUUUCCAUACAUUUUUCAACGUGAAAUUGCGUGCAGACCGUCUCUUCUAUCGCCGACAAUUACUAAUGAAUCGACGCGUAUUUCACUUGACUCAAUCAUCAAUGUGCACCUUCAAUAUUGGGAUAUUUCAUUGGAUCUGUUUCCAAAUAGUAAAAAAUCAUCUGUCACAUUGUCUCCAUGUUAUUUGGAAUGUAAAGCUAGUACGCCGUUAACUUUAGUAGAAAAAUUUAUUCGAAUCAAGCAUUCGUUACCAGCCGAUCUUCAGAUCGAUGUAUUUUAUCAAACAUUUUUAUUGAACAAAGAUCAGGAAAGGUUAAUUGACGUCUGUUUCUGUUUUGAUCGAAUGAAUAAGAAUCAAACACUUGAUAUUCAAUUUGUUGUUAGUCCUUACGGUUAUCGAGCAAUUUUAAAUCGUAUCCAUAAAUUAAAAAAUCCAACUUCACUAACAACAAUUCAAAUUACUGAACAAACACCAUUAAAAAUUGAAGUUCCUCAAAAACCAACUCCGGUCAUUCCAUCAUCAUCUGCAUCGUCAUCAUCAGGUUCUAGUUCAAUUGAUCCAAAGAUCAAAGUCAAAAUUCGUCGAUCUCAAACAUCAACCAAUGAUUGGUAUAUUCCUCAAUCAAAAAAAGUUGAUGAACCCGUUGAAUUACCUGAUCUAGUCAAUUCAUGUGAAACUAUUGCAAAAACUGCUAAACGUAAACAACAACCGACAACUCAGUCGCCCGUAUCACCAGCAAAGAAGAAAACAACACCAGCUUCAUCUACGUUUUUCUCUGUCAAUCAUAUUUCGCAACCAAAACGUACAUCGCCGAUAAAGCCUCCGACGAAACCGAGAAGACGGACGCGUUUCAUUCCAACAAUGGUCAAAGCUCCACCUUCAGUACUCGACCGUUUAUCAAUGGAUCAUUAUGAUUACAGCGAUCACGAUUCUGAUAGCUCCCUUCUUUGCCCUUCGAGCGACUUUCUCGAACAAUCGGUGACAACAUUGCGACCAUCAGAAAUGGUGAUCGGUAAUAUAGAAGGAAAUGGAACAGAUUCUACUGAAACCAAACGAGUGCAAAAAACGAUUUGUAAAGUUCCACCUUAUAUACCGGAAAGUACGGCGUCAGAGAAUUCUUCGUCGAUCAUUAAACCAACACCGAUGUAUCGGUCAUCUUCUCCUAUACGACGAACGCUGUUACCGAAAAAACUUUCGACGAUCAUACCGUCAUUGACAGAUCGGUUACCAUCGCCAGAUUCGACUAGUGCAGCUCCACUUGACUUAAGCUUGAAAUGA